GAGACAUCACAACGGAUAACAUCAACUUUGCCUCUACUUUCAAUAAUCUUGAUCUUAAUGUUUUAUCUUCAACUAAGGAAGAAAUGGACGCUAAACAAGGCCUGCCAAAAACAGUCAGACAAGAACCGGGUAAAAUUUACCCUCCUCCGCUCCAUACAAUUUGUGUCAACGACACUACGUUUCCAAAUGGAAUUUAUUAUGGCGGCAUUCUCAACCUCAGAUUGCUUCAAAACGAAUCCACGUUUCAGGCGGAACUCGCCUACAAAUCUAUUACGGUGAGCCCUGUCCACCUCGGAUUGCUUACGAUUUCGGGCAGUGGUAAAGGUGGCAAGGGACUUGGGAUUCAACCAGGUGGAUAG